UUUCCUGGUGGUCAGUCAAUAUGUUUAAUGGAUAGUUGAUGUUCGUUCUGCAGUGUAAAGUUAGUAUUAUAUAGGAUUUUUUUGCUGUAACUUCACUUACACACCAUGUCAGCUGCAAGUCAACAUAUAAAACCAUUCCUCAAAACCUUAUUCCGCAGAACUCUGAUGAAUCGCUUCCACUGGAAGUCUUCAAAAUAUCGAUAUUGUAGUAAUGCUGGUGUUGAAAAAUUAAAAUGGAGUUAUGUACAUGGUAAUGAUAGUCAACCGUUACUAGGAAUCACCAUUGGUAAAGCUUUACAAAAUACAGUGGAAAGAAAUCCAACUAAAGAGGCUGUAGUUUUCUAUGAUGAUGGAAUACGAAAGACAAAUGAACAGCUUUUUGAAGAGGUUGAUCAAUUUGCUGCGGGACUGGCUAACAUUGGACUAAAGAGAGGUGACAGAAUAGGAAUAUGGGGACCAAACAGAUAUGAAUGGAUAAUAACUCAGUAUGCAUCUGCAAGACUUGGUCUAAUUCUGGUUAAUAUUAAUCCUCAAUAUAAACAGAAUGAAUUGGAAUAUGCAUUGAGAAAGGUUGGAUGUAAAGCUUUAGUAUCAGCCAUUAGUCAUCAGAAUCAGGAUUAUUAUGAAAUGUUGUUCAACAUUAUACCAGAACUAGCAGCUGACCACCCAAAUGAUAUCAAAAGUCAUUUAUUACCAGAAUUUAAAACACUUAUAAUGAUGGGUGAAUCCAAAUAUAGAGGGGCGUUACGGUUUAGUGAAAUCAGUGAAGCUGGUGGAAAUAAAGAAAGAGAUUAUAUUCUAGAUCUACAAAAUAAACUCCAAUUUGAUGACCCAAUCAACAUUCAGUUUACAUCAGGAACUACUGGUUCACCAAAAGGAGUAACACUUUCUCAUCAUAAUAUUACCAAUAAUUCUCAUACUGUAGGUGUAAGAUUAGAUUAUCAUCAAAGGGAAUCCCGAAUAUGUUGUCCUGUUCCACUAUAUCAUUGUUUUGGCAUGGUAUUAGGCAGUUUAUCACUAUGUAUGCAUGGCGCUUGUGUUGUUUUUCCUGCGGCCAGUUUUAAACCAGAGUUAACUCUACAAGCUGUACAAGAUGAAAAAUGUACAUCAUUAUAUGGAGUGCCUACUAUGUUUAUAGAUAUGCUCAAUCAUCCCGACUUUCACAAUUAUAACUUCUCUAGCUUAUAUACUGGUGUCAUGGCCGGUUCUCCUUGCCCUAUAGAGGUCAUGAAAGCAGUCAACACAAAGAUGAAUAUGCCAGAAGUCAUUGUUUGCUAUGGUUUAACUGAAACAAGCCCAGUUACUUUUAGUUCGUUUCGAGAUAGCCCAAUAGAGAAGAGAGUAUCAACUAUUGGAUUACCUGGCAGCCAUGUUGAGGCUAAAGUUAUCAAUGAAAAUGGUGAUAUUGUUAAAACCGGUGUAUCUGGUGAACUAUGUACUAGAGGUUAUACAACAAUGUUAUGUUAUUGGGAAGAUCCUGAUAAAACAGCUGAAGUUGUUUCUCAAUCUCGCUGGUUUCGUACAGGAGAUAUAGCAGUAAUAGAUGAUGAAGGUUAUUGUAAAAUAGUAGGUAGAAUUAAAGAUAUGAUUAUAAGAGGUGGUGAAAAUGUCUACCCUACAGAAAUAGAACAAAUUCUUUAUCAACAUCCUAAAGUUAAAGAUGUUCAAGUGGUUGGUGUACCUGAUCAAAGACUAGGCGAGGAAAUUUGUGCUUGUAUAGAAUUAAAAUCAGGAGUUACUUCAACCGCUGACGAAAUUAUUCAAUAUUGUCGACAAAAGCUGGCUAGAUUCAAAGUUCCAAAAUAUGUUGAAUUUGUUGACCAUUAUCCAUUGACUGUUACGGGCAAAGUGAUGAAAUUCAAAAUCCGAGAGGAUAUGGUCCAAAAAUUAGGACUGCAACAUAUUCACCCCCAUUGAUUCAAUCAGCAAUUAUUGUAUUUAGUGUAUUUAAGCAUGUGUUUGGGUGUAGUUGGCACUCUAAAAAUGUACAUAUUAUUGUUUUUAUACGCCCACACUUAAAUGUGGUCGUAUAUUGUUGUCGCCAUUUCCGUCCUUCGGUUCGCUAAAGUUAAAAGUUAAAGUCUAUAGGCUAAAGUUAAUAUCCGAUUGACUUUAAAUUUAUACACAGUGUUUAAGGUCAUGAGACGAAGAAGCCUAUUGAUUUUCAACGAUUUUCGAUAAUUACUGCCAGAGUUAUGGCCCUUGAUCACUUCAAAAAAUCUUGUGGACGCUCUAGAGGCUAAAGUUAUCAUCCGAUUGACUUCAGAUUGAUACACAGAGUUUAAGGUCUUGAGACGAGCAAGUAUAUUGAUUUUCAAUGAAUCUUUAUGACUUGAACAGCUAAAUCCAUGAUGUUAAAAGUUUCGUAUACUAAACGUUAGCAUGGGACAGUACUUUAUAAAAACCAAACAAAUUCUAAUGGUUUUCUGAUAAUAACUUAAUGAGUUGUUACUCUUAAUCAGAUUUUAAUGUAUUAUAAAUGUUUCAUUACCGAAAAAAGUAAAACUAUGCGACAACUCUUGUUGACUGCCUGGACGAUAUAGCUGCUGUGGGUGUAUGUUUCGUUGCCUGGCAACCUAUCUUUUCGACUAUUAAAAUAAAUCAUUGGUGAAUUAGAAGUAAUGGGUAGUUGAAAAUCUAAUUUAAAUAACUGCUCACAGAGAGUAAUAAUACAAACAUAGAAAUCUGAUCCAAGUGUAUCAUGUAUGUAUAUGUUGAAAUAUUAUAGUGAUUUAAUUUUUUAUACGUCCACAUUUUCAUAUGGAUGUAUAUUGUCGUCACACUUUUCUGUCUGUCCGUCCGUCUUUUCUCUCAGUUCACAUUUUAUUUGUAGACACAAAUUUUAUCCGAUAUUGACAGAACUUGAAAUAUAGGUUUAUAUUCUUUUUGUCCCCUAUCUUUCGAAGAAAGCAGGGGACUAUUAAAAUGGGUUCGUCCGUCUGUCUGUCUGUCUGUCUGUCCGUCACACUUUUUGGGACACAAUAACUCUAAUUGAGCUAGAAUGUUCAAACUUGGUGUAGGUGUUUAUUAGGUCAAUACCUUGAUGGAGUUCGAAGAUAAGCAAUUUGAUUGGUUGAUGCUUUGGGACACGAGUGAGAGUGAUGAAACUUGGUGUAUAGUUUCAUUACAUCAAUACCUUGACUAAGUUCGAUAAUGAGCAUUUUCUGCUCAGGGUAAACAGAGCGAUAAGCAAUUUGAUUGGCCAGGAUUUUGGAACACAAUAACUCUCCUUCUAAUUGAGGUAGAAUGUUCAAACUUGGUGUAGGCAUUCAUUAGGUGAAUCCCUUGAUGGAAUUCGAUGAUGAACAUUGUCUGCUUACAGUAGGCAGAGAUAAGCAAUCUGAUUGGUUGAUGCCUUAGGGGCACGAUAACUUUGGUUGUAAUGAAGUGAGAGCGAUGAAACUCUGAAUAUAGAUUCAUUAUAUCAUUACCUUGACUAAGUUCGAUUGUGCGAUAAGCAAUUUGAUUGGUCAAAACUUUGGAGGUAGAAUGUUUAAACCUGAUGUAGAUGUUCAUUAGGUAAAUGUCUUGACUGAUUUCAAUGAUUAACAUUUCAAGCUAAAGCUAAGCAGAGCUAAUCAAUUUCAUUGGUCAAUGCUUUGGGACAAGAUAAUCUUGAUUCUAUAUGAUAGAGAAUGAUGAAACUUAGUGUGUAGUUUGAUUGCUCGAUACUUUUGAAAAAAAUAAAUGUGCAAUUAAUUAUUAUGUGUCAUCUAUUUAUUUUGGGAUUUUGGCGAGGGACAUCAGCCUCACUGUUGGCUUGUUGAUAUUUGAAUGUAUCGAACCUCUAAUUAUGGCCCCUGAUUGUACGAAACAUCAUGUUUUUAGCUUGUGGAACCUCUCCAGGUCACAAUUUUUAUUAGCCCCACCUUACCCUAUUAUGAUGAAACUUAAAAUGUUUAUAACCCACAUAUCUCAGUUCCUUUUGAUAUUUUGCACAUCUCAAACUGAAACUAACUGGAUUAUGGCCCCUGAUUUUAUGAAAAAUUGUGUUUGUGGACUGCUAUUGAAUUUAAAAUAAAGAUCAAAUAUAUCACCAUUUGCACGAUAUAUAAUGACGGCUGAGUCCGAAAAAACAUUUUUAGCUUGUGGGACAAUCUAGAGGUCACAAUUUUUAUCCAAUUUUGAUGAAAUUUAAAAUUUAUGUUUAUACCCCAACGGUCUUGGUUCCUUUCGAUAUUUGCGCAUAUUGGACUGUAACUUCCUGGCCCCUGAUUGUACAAAAAAUCAAGUUUUUAGCUUGGAGUCCACCUAGAGGUCACAAUUUUUAUUCGAUUUAAAAAAAAAAUUUCAUUAUAUCACCUUUACACUAUAAUGACAGUUGAGUUCGAAUUUUGUGAAAUGACUGCUCCAGGUACACAAAUAGUGUAAAGGUAUAUUAUACCAAAGUUGUGGACCCUCCAGAUGUCACAAUUUUUAUCUGAUUUUAAUGAAACUUAAAAUAUAAUGUAUGUUUAUAUUCUAAAGAUACUUGCUCAUAUUGGACUGGAACUUCCUGGAUUAUGGAUUCAGAUUGCACGAAAAAUGUUUUUCGUUAGCUUGUUCUCUAUCCAUCUUUUGCAAAGUGUGAGCAUAUCUUGUAUGGCAACCACUUGUUAAUUAUAUAUCACAUAACAACUCUGCUAUUAACUGAGGUAAAAUAUUUAAACUUUGUUCCAACCUCAUGGGUUUUCUCCUGGUCCCCCGGUUUCCUCCCACUGCUAAAGAACCCUACGUGGAAGCGAAUUAUUGAAAUAAAAUUAAACCAUAUGUUAGUUCUGAAAUGACCUAGUUUGUGUCGAGUGGACGUUAAACCCCAUUUCUCUCUCUCUCUUUUUAAACUUUGUUUAGAUGCUCAUUAGGUGGAUGUCUUGGCUGUGUUUAAGUUAGAAGUUGAAAAAGUUCAUCAGGAUUUUCCGGCCUGGUUUUCCCUUUUCAGAGGUGCAGGACAGAGGACUGACAAGGACAGCUGUCUAGACAUUUGGGUGGGACAAAAAACUGAGGCCCUGUGUACCCAUUGGUGUGCAAGUAAAAGAUCCCUUGGCAGUUGGAAUUCGAUAUAAGAGUAGGCCGUAACGCCACUCUCAGGGCAAAAUUUCUCUCAUAGCACACUGUAUGGCAUAUGCUUGUCUUCAUUAUAUCCCAGUCGUAGCAGAACAGUAGGACCUUAAACCCAUUUCAUUUCAUUUUUACAUAUAAUCAUGAUUGGUUAUCCCAAGAACUUCAUUUUCCAAAAGUAAUGUUCUGUCUCCAAAUGUUCAGUGCAAUUAAUUAAUAUGUCUAAUCUACUUAUUUAAAGAUUGGAAUGGGGGACAUCACCCUCACUGUUGGCCUGUUUUCUACAUUGUUGUAAUCAAAUUAAUUAUUUUAAUAAACUGGUAAAUUAAAUA